CGUUCACUGGUUGCCCGCCGAUCGAGACCUGCGGUCGUUCGCGAUGGUUUGAUGUACGGAGUGGUUCGUUGGCGUUCAGUUUGUGUUAGUGUCCGUUAUCGUUCUACUUUAUUUUCUUUACUCGUUGAUAACGUUUCGUUUAUUUUUGGAAAUUAAAAUUUUGUCUCUUUGUGGACGUUUCCCCUUGUCAGCUUCAAGGAUUACGCUUACCUCUUUUACAGUUACAAUAACAAUAAUAAUAAUAAAUGUUCCAUUAUUAUCAUUUGUAGUCGAUAUCGUACGCAUUUCUAGUGUUGUGUUAUCUUUGAGUCAUAGUUACUAUUAUCAAAACGAUAAUAGCAUUUAUUACAGUGAAAUUUUAUAUCGAAACGAAAAAUACGGCAAACACGACGUUAACUGCACACACAUAGAGAAAUAUCUAAAUAUUGCAACCGUUUCGUUUAACGAACCAUUUUGUUAAUCUAUAUUGAUACCAUCAAUACGUGAAAAACGACCGACGGAUGUGUUGAACUUUCAGAAGACGGGGUUUUCGAGCCCCCGGGUUUUUGGGUUAACACUGUGUAUUGAUAGUAGUCGCCUAUUAUCGCGUGUGCAAUUUUUUAACGUGACGGGAUCGUUACAUAGCUGUUCAGUCGACACGUAACAACCAUGUUGGUCGCCAUGACCGCGAUGCUCGUGUCCGUAGCCGAGUUCUCCAACAUCCUGUCCGUACUGGCUGUGCUAAUAUGUUUCUGCGCAAUGUUUUUGUUAAUAAUGAGGAACAUGACUGUAUUUUGGUUACACGGAGAAGAAUUAAUGUUUGGAGGAAAUGGAGUACAUCCUGUCCAGCAGAAAAUUCCUCAAAUGAAAAUGAUGAAAGUACACAUACCAUUCACAUUCAAAUUACAUGAAACAUCGAACUCGUCUUAUUCUGAUCUUCGAUGCACUGUUUCGAGUCAAGUACCGUAUACGUUACAGGCAUUUUGGGGAGUUUCCAUUAAAGAACUACAUCAUUUUUUGUGGAAAACAUGGAGUUCUUUUCAAAUAGCAGUCAAGGAAGACGCUUUAUUGCGAGGUCAUUACCAACACUGUGGAUUAAAAUUAUAUGAAACUAGCCAUACGGAAAAAACUGUACAAAUGUUUAUGCCCGAAGGGAAGCUGGAUCUGGGUACGCCACCUCGUCACUGUUAUCCUCUGGUUAUAUUCCUCAUACGAGAUAUACCAGAAAAUUCUACUCUUCAUCCAGACGAGACGGUAGCUUUGGUAAACGUUGUACAUAUACGAGACAAUGUGUGUACAUUACCUACAAACAUAUUGGCACAGUAUUUAAAACAAGCAAAUGGACAAUUGUCAUCGCUUAAGCAAUUAUAUUUGGCCACUGGGAAUGCUUUAAGCUAUCAAGAUGAUGCUGCUGCAUGCGAUGAUGAAUCUCAAAGAGCAUUAGUUUUGGACAAUAGUAGCUUAAAUACUGGCCAAGAACAAUUAUGCGUUGUCUGUCAGUUUUAUCCACUGUCCAGAGCUUUAUUACCUUGCAGACAUACUUGUAUUUGUGCAUCCUGCUUUGGCAAGUUGGAGACUUGUCCCAUGUGCCGUAGUUCAAUAAAAAGUUAUUUCUGCGUGCGCAAUGAAGACUACCUGACCGACUGUGCAUCCGGACUGGAUAAAACUGGAGCGUCAGUCAAGAGGCAAGCGUUUUCCCAGUGGAUUCAAGACAGUAUUACUGAUUUCCUUGGCCUACAUUAGGCUUUACUCUUGUAGUAUAUAUUUCCACAAUCCACCUAUACCUAUCACUCCUCUGUGUUUUUGAAUCAAACGGACUAGGUCAUAAAUUAAUUUUUAUUAUUUGUGUAAUUGAUAUAUGAUUGUGUAUUGUAAUGUUUAAACAUAUGUUAAUUCAACCACAAUAUUAUCCUUCAAAAUCCGUCCCAUUAGUAUGACAUUAAUUUGAUUAUCUUUUGUAUAUAAUGUAAAUUAAAAGCCAUUUGAGCUCUCUUUUUGUUAACAAUAGCAAUGCAAUAUGUUUAAACCAAUAUCAUUACUAUUAUUAAUCAGAAAUGUUCUACAUGUAAUAUUUUUUAAUGAAUUAUUUUAGUUGUAGUAUGCCCAAUUUAGGACAUACUUAUUUGUGAUAUCAAAUUUGAUGGUAUUUGUUAAUGUGUUAUUAUUAUUAUUACUGAUAUCGUCCUUCAUCUUAGAAGAUAACUUUAAUAUUAAACUUACUUAAUGGAGGCAUAUAAUUUGUGUAAUACUAACAACUAAAAGAUGUCUAAAACUUUUGACAAAGCUCCAAAAAAUUAAGGAGUAGUUAAUAUUUUUUAUUUUUAUCUUUCAACUGAGUCACAAUUCUUGUAGUUACACAAUCAUUAUACAGUGAAAUGUACGGACAAUAUUUUUUUUAAUUUUGAUAUUUACUGAACAUAUUUGAUUAAUUUAUUUAAAAAUUUAGAUUAUGCAAUUGUAUCCAGUAAAGUUCCUUAUUCACAAAUACUAUUAUACAUUUGUAUGUUUUAUGUUUAAUCUUAAAUAUGUAAGUAUAUUAUACAAUAAUAUAAAAAAUUCAUAACCCUUUUUUUAUACCUAUUUACAUCUUUUUUGAAUAAAAUUUAAAUGAUUUAUUUUUUUUUUUUAAAUUUUAUUAAAUUACUAUCAAUCAAUUAUCAUGUAAAUAAUCAAUUUAAUAUAUUGAUUUACUUAAUUUUUUUAUAGUUCAUUAAUAUCUUUGAUUUUAACUUUAAUAUAACUACACUGAUUAAUUUGUUGAAACAUAAAUUUAUGUAUCAUGAAUUAUGGUUUGUGAAAGAUUAACUAUAAUUUAAGAGUAAAAGUAAUGAAAAUUAUUGUUAGCAUAAUUCUUUAUUAUUACUUUUUUAUUAUUAAUUCUUCAUCUCAUUAAAAUUUAUAGAAUUAUUUGUUGGUACAUUUCACUAGUGACAUGUCUGUUAAGUUAGAGUUAGUAUUAAUUCUGUUUCAGUAAUUUUAUAUUGACACUAUACAAUUUACAUACUAUAUUUUAAUUUUGAUUGUUUAUGCUCAUCCCAUUACCAAUUACUUUAGUUCAAUAUUUUUUUAUUAUUUAAUAAUGAUGUAUAUCCAAUGUAUUAAAAGAAAUGAACAUGUACUAUCAUUAUCGGUCAGAAUCUUUUGUAUAUUAUUUAUUUGGCUGUUUUAGUUUAAAUCUAAACAAAACAAUACUUCGUUUUGUGAUAUUUUAUAAUUUAAUUACCAAUAUAGUAAUAAAAAUAUUUAUAAUUAAAAGAUAAGAUUUAAUUUACUUUUUUGUGUUAGUCUAAGUUAGUAGUAAUUAUUUUGAAAAGUUUAUAAGAUUAUUUAAUACAAAGUUUUACCUAUUUAAAUGAGUUAAUUUUACACUUGGUUGGUCUACGAUGGUAUAGUACUGGCAAUGUGUUUUUUUUUUUGUAAACAUCACUAACAUAAUAUUAAUUUUACCAAUUAGAAUAAAUAAUUAUAAAUGUAUGUUUUUUGUUAAAUCUAUAUAAUUGUGUGAUUGUGAAUAAAUAAAUAAAUAUAGACAUGUA